UUUGUUGAUGGGUUACACCAGAUCUUAACUUGUAUUUAAUGUGCCCCAAGUAACAUAUGUGUGAUAUUUACGUACAUAUGCACGACACAACAAUACGAAACAAUAAAUAAAGUGACGGGAUGACGACAAAAAAAAAGUUCAACUGAUUAGAUAAGACUAUAACCACAGUUGUUAAAUAUUUAAGAAAUAAAUUUAUGUGUGAAUUUUCUGCUGGAGAGGAUAUAACCGUGACCGUUAUUUUUCAAUUUUAAUCUACAGAUCGAUUCUGCAAAUAUAAAUUUACAGUGAAAUUAGGCGGAAAUAAACAUUCAAAAUGGCUUUUGCAGGGUUAAAGAAGCAAAUCAACAAAGCUAAUCAGUAUGUCACUGAAAAAAUGGGUGGAGCUGAGGGCACCAAAUUGGACCAUGACUUUAUGGAUAUGGAAACGAAAACAGACGUAACCGUAGAACUAGUGGAGGAAUUACAAAUUAAAACCAAGGAAUUUCUACAACCAAAUCCAACCGCUCGGGCUAAAAUGGCGGCUGUAAAAGGAAUCUCUAAACUGUCAGGUCAAGCGAAGAGUAAUACAUACCCGCAGCCGGAAGGAUUGUUAGCCGAUUGCAUGCUACUGUAUGGAAAGAAGUUAGGAGAUAAUAGUAUUUUUGCUGAGUCCCUGAUCGAAAUGGGUGAAUCUCUCCGACAAAUGGCCGAUGUGAAAUAUUCACUGGACGACAAUAUUAAGCAAAACUUUUUGGAGCCAUUACAUCAUCUGCAAACGAAAGAUUUGAAGGAAGUUAUGCAUCAUCGUAAAAAACUACAAGGUCGAAGACUUGACUAUGAUUGCAAACGACGUCGACAAACCAAAGGAUCUAAUAUUACAGACGAAGAAAUUCGUGGUGCUGAAGAUAAAUUUGCCGAAUCGUUGCUGUUAGCUCAAACAGGAAUGUACAAUUUGCUAGCAAAUGAUGUUGAACAAGUUUCUCAAAUGGUAACAUUUGCUGAAGGACUAUACGAUUUCCAUCAACAAUGCACUGAGAUACUAAAAAUAUUAGUCGAGACAUUACAGCAGAAACGUGAAGAAUGCGCCAAUCGACCACGUCCGGAUUUCGUACCAAAGACAUUGGCUGACUUAAACAUCGAAGGAUACGGCUCAACUGAUGGUGGCAUGAAUGGUGGGCGUUUUAUUCAUCCAAAUAGUCACUUAAGUCGCAAUAAAGCAAACAAUUCUCAUCAAAAUGUGUACAGUUCCCAGCAAAAUUUGUCAAAAAUUAAUUCCAAUAACAAUAACAGUAACUUUCAAAGAAGUCGAAUUUAUGGGUCACAGCAAAGUUUGUCGACGGUUUCGAAUCGCAGUAGUACGUAUUCGAUACAAUCGAAUUCGAAAUCGACGACACAGAAUUCAUUCACCAAUAUGAAUUACAAUAAUCACUCAAAUAAUAAUCCGAGUUCGCCAGAUUGGUUGAACGCCUGGAAUUCACCUCCUAGCGAGACCAUGGCAACCAGAGUCCAACAUACACAUUCUAGUACCCAUUCAAAUAAUUAUAGUAAUAGAAAUGCCCAUUUCAACGAUCCUUGGACAGCGUCUCCACUACCGUCACCGAUGAGAUCUCCAGCUAGAACUCCAAUGGUUCAGCAGCGUCCCAGUGGUCCACAUUGUACAGCACUAUACGAUUUCGAGCCUGAGAAUCCUGGCGAACUCGGUUUCAAGGAAAACGACACAAUUCAACUUCUAAACAAAGUUGAUGAAAAUUGGUUUGAGGGCAGUGUCAAUGGACGAACGGGUUAUUUCCCUCAAUCAUAUGUGACAAUUGUUGUUCCACUACCAUAAAUUAAUGAAAAAAACAGAAAACUAAAUUCGAAUUUUCUUCAACGCUCCAUAAAUAAUGCUCGUGUUCAUGGAUAUUAAAUUUUAAGCAAAAUGAUUAAAUGAAAAAAGAAAAAUCAAAAGAGAGAAAAUAAAAUAAAAAUUAAAAAAACAAAAUUUUUGAAUUAAAUUAAUCUCUUCAUUUAAUUAUCGUUGUUCAUCGUUGAAGGAAAUUU